GUUGCCUAAACCAUUUCGAAAACUAAACGAAGAUGGUGAUGAUUUUUCCAGAGAGUUCAAGGAGAAAUUGAUGCAGGAAGUCAUUGAAAAGAAACCACCAGAGGGCAUAGGUUAUUUUAACAUCCUCCUACUGGGACAAGCUGCAUCUGGAAAAUCGUCUUUCUUUAAUACCAUUUCUACGGCCAUAGCGAACGAAAAAAGAAUACUUGAACCACUUUCUGUACUUGAAAGUUCAGACAGCAGUGUUACAUCUAAGUUACAAACACAGCCAUUGAAAUCACACAGCACUGGUUCUACCUUACCUAUUCGAAUAUACGAUUGCCGUGGUCUACACAAAUCAACUGGAAUUCCGACAGACGACAUUCAGAAAGUGGUUCAAGGACAUAUAAAACCCGGUUACACGUUUAAUACAUACGAGACCAUCAAAGAAAAGGAUCCAUUCUACCGAUCUAAACCUGGACUAAAUGAUGCAAUCCAUUGCCUUGUAUACGUGGCAAAAGCAGAUAAUCCAUCUGAAGCCUUGACUGAUGAAAGUGUUAAACAGCAGUUUGACAAAAUGCGAUCAGAUCUGUGUAAAAUCAAUGUUCCACAAAUGGCAUUAAUCAACAUGAUUGACCGUGUAGGACAGGAAAAAUUAGAGGAUGUCUUUUGGUCCAAAAGUGUGGAGAAUGUUUGCGAAGGAGCCCGGAGAUUUCUGUGUCUUCCACUAAACCAUAUUCUGCCAAUGUCGUGUUACUAUAACGAGAUACGGCCAACAAUUGUUAAGGAUACUCUGGCGUUGUUCAACUUAAAUUCGAUGCUUUACAGCGCAAAUGAUUAUUUGAAUGCAAAAAUGAAAAUUGACACACCAGAAGAUUUUUAUGACUAAACUUGAAAUCUUUAUAUAAGUUAUGCUAUAAACAAGAUGAUUUUUUUCAUGUAGAGCUUGACACGUCGUUCGUUUUUAUAACGUGUUUGUUUUGAAUAUAUUUAGUGAACUUGUACAUAAUGAUAUCUAUGAUGUCUGCUCUUAGAGAAUACUUUUUGUUGUUCUCUAUCUCAAGAUGUAUUGCAAAACCAUUUAUUUUAAGAUAUCUAUAUUAUAAUGUACAUGAAAUGAU